AUGUCAAACGACGAUAAUAACGACCUUAACUCCAAAGUCGCCGUUCUGCUAAUUGGGGUUGGAUCAGCGGCUAUUGUGGUAACAAUUUACCAUUUCCUCGCCAUGACUAUGUGCUGCCGCCGCUACCGGCCUGCUCGUAACCCACAAGAGGCACAACCAUAUGUGAAUGGAACUUCAGGAAACAGCAUUGAGUGUUCUAGAGCACAACUCAUCCCAGCCUAUAAUUACCAAAGCGGUAUGGGCUUGAUCGGUGAUGACGGAACUUGUGCGAUUUGCUUGAGCGAAUUUGAAGAAGGUGAGGAACUACGUACAUUGCCUCUGUGCUUACAUUCUUACCAUGCGGCUUGCAUCGAUAUGUGGCUCUACUCACACUCCAAUUGCCCCAUGUGUCGGACCGACGCCACGCCUUCUCCACAAGUGUUUUUGAACGCCAGGGUUUUAGGCCAGUUUAGUUAUUCCCCAAUAUCCAUCAUGUCGGAUGGAGGUGGUGAUGAUAUCACCUCUAAAAUUGCCGUUCUUCUUAUCGGGGUUGGAUCGGCGGUUCUUAUCAUCACACUCUACCAUUGCAUUGCCACGCGCCGGUUCCGGGCUAGGACUAAUCAGCAACGGCCACAACAAUAUAGGAUCGAAACCAUAGCAACACAAAGCAGUGUUGAGAAUUCGACGGCCCAGCUCAUCCCGGCCUACAAGUACGAAAAGGGUAUGGGCUUGGUGGGUGAUGAUGGAACUUGUGCAAUUUGCUUGAGUGAAUUUGAAGAAGAUGAAGAACUGCGUACAUUGCCGGUGUGUUCGCACUCUUACCACGUGGAAUGCAUCGAUAUGUGGCUCCAUUCGCACACCAAUUGUCCCAUGUGUCGUACCGAUACCACACCUUCUCCACGGGUCUAUUUGAGAGGAAGGGAUUUGGAUUCUGAGAGGGCCUCUGUGGAGUAUCAAAAUAUCGGUAGGCUACAGGAUAUUAUUGUUCAUUCACGGGUACUCUAA